GAUAAGGAUGUAGAGGAAAUACACUCAGAUAUAUUAGAAAAGGAAGGGGAAAAAAAAGAAAAAGAAAAAAAGACAUCCAAAAUCGUUCCCGGCGUCGCCUCCCUCCUCUCGCCACCGUAGCUUUCGAUUUCCGCCGCCGAAUCUCGCCGGAGAAUCUAGCCGUCCUCGCUUUCUUUCGAGGAUUGAAGCUUUUAAGGCGAGGAAGAAUCAAGCUGAUUGUUUAAUAGGUGAAUCAGGCUAUGAUAAUAAAAGAUCAUUCUGUAUGCCUCUAUACAUUGCUCGAAUGAGAGAAUCUGCACCAAUACAGGCUUUAUGGCUCAACAAUCAUCUCGUCUUCAGCGGUUACUCACUUUAUUGGACACUGGUUCGACUCAAGCAACAAGAUUUGCUGCUGCACAGCAGAUUGGGGAUAUCGCAAAAUCACAUCCUCAAGACUUGAGCUCACUGUGGGAAAAGGUAUCUCAAUACCUUCGUAGUAAGAACUGGGACACAAGAGUAGCUGCUGCUCGCGCAAUAGGCUCUAUAGCUGCAAACAUCAAGCAUACAUCUUUGAAUGAGCUUUUUGAAUGUAUUGAAACUGAGCUGGUGGAAUGUGGCCUUUCUGAUGUCUCCAAAGGCAUCAGAGCAAGUUGCACAAAUUUUCAUCCUAAUGUUACGACAGGCCUCUCUUUUAGAAGCUUCGACAUCAAUAAGGUGUUAGAUUAUGGUUCUCCAUUACUGGCUUCAGGGGGACAGGAAUAUGAUGUUGCAUGUGAUAACAUCAAGAAUCCGACAGAGCGGCUUGCUCGUCAGAAGCAAAACAUUUCCCGUCGUUUGGGUUUAGAUGUUUGUGGGCAGUUUAUGGAUGUAAGCGAGAUGAUUAGGGAUGAAGAUCUUCUUGCCCAGAAGUUUCACCUGAAUGUGAACGGAUCAAAUAAUGUAUAUUAUGCAUCACGACCAGGACAAAAUGUACAGCAACUCGUUGCUAAUAUGGUUCCUAAUUUUCGUCCUAAAAGAUUAAGUGCAAGGGAGUUGAAUCUGCUUAAAAGAAAAGCCAAGGUAAAUGCAAAAGAUCAUACAAAAUGUAGGUCCGAGGAUGAUAAAUUAGAUGUACAACAUCCCCAAAAUCAAGUGACAUCUAAAGCAACUUGUUCGGAUCCUCUGGGCAACAAAAAGGAUUUUGUUGAUGCAGUUGAAGAUGAAGACAGUGUGGAGCAUGAGGGGAAUGGAAAAUGGCCCUUUCGGUGUUUCGCUGAGCAACUGCUUCAUGAUAUGUUUGAUCCAGUUUGGGAAGUGCGCCAUGGUACUAUUAUGGCUUUAAGAGAAAUUUUGACUCAUCAAGGCUCCUGUGCUGGAGUUCUUCUUCCAGACUUGAGCUCAGAAAGACCCCAGUUCAUUGAUUCGGAUGAGAAAAAUUUCACAGACUCAACGAAAAGAGGUAGAGAUAUUGACCUAAAUGUACAAUUUGAGGCAAAUCAGCAUGAACCAACCUCUAAAAGACAAAAAAAUUGUGAGGAGUCAGUUCUCCCUGCAAAUAUUACAUAUUCGUUGGAUUUGGAGACAAAUCACACUGCAGAUGUUAAAUUUGAUGGUAUCCCAUGUAAUUCAAGCCCCACAUUUGUUAAUGGUGGCCUUGGUACUGCUCAUAUAAAGGUGGAAUCAGAUGUUUCUACAGAUGGUUUUAGUCCUCGAGGGAAGAUCGAGGAUGUUGCUUCUCUUGAAUCUUUUAUUGAAUAUGAGAGCUCAAUCUCAAAUAUAAAUCUUCCUGUGGAUCGUCCUCAAAGUUCCAAACUUAUUAAGUUGAUGACAUUAGCCAGGCACUCAUGGAUCAAGAAUUGGAACUUUUUGCAAGAUUGCGCCAUUCGAUUCCUUUGCAUACUCUCUUUAGAUCGUUUCGGGGAUUAUGUUUCUGAUCAGGUUGUUGCCCCUGUUCGUGAAACUUGUGCACAAGCUCUUGGUGCUGUGCUUAAGUACAUGCACCCUUCACUAGUACAUGACACUUUAAAAGUUCUACUGCAGAUGCAGUACAGACAAGAAUGGGAAAUUCGUCAUGGAUGCCUUUUGGGAAUUAAAUACUUGGUUGCUGUCAGACCUGAAUUGCUCCAGGAUCUUCUAGUAUAUGUACUGCCUGCAUGCAAAGCCGGGCUCGAAGAUCCAGAUGAUGAUGUUAGAGCGGUUGCGGCUGAGGCCUUAAUACCCACAGCUGCUUCGAUAGUUUCUCUGGAUGAUAAAAUGUUGCAUUCAAUUGUUAUGUUACUUUGGGAUAUCCUGCUUGAUUUAGAUGACCUUAGCCCAUCCACUAGCAGUGUGAUGAAUUUGUUGUCCGAGAUUUACUCUCAGCCUGCAAUGGUCCCAAAAAUGCUGGAGACACUGAAGUCUGCUGAGAAAGAAGAAUUAGAUCUUAACAAAGUAUCUCAUGCAGAGGAAUAUAGGGAGGAGGUUAAAGAUUUGGACAAUCCUUAUAUUUUAUCCUCUUUAACACCUCGAUUAUGGCCAUUUAUGAGACACAGCAUUGCAUCAGUUCGUCAUUCUGCUAUAAGAACUUUGGAGCGGCUUCUAGAAGUAGGAUAUAGAAAAAGCUGUUUUGACUCCACAGCUGGUAGAUUUUGGCCUGCUUCUAUUCUCGGUGAUGCACUAAGGAUUGUUUUCCAGAAUCUACUAUUAGAAUCAAAUGAUGACAUUAUUCAAUCUUCAAAGAGAGUGUGGAGUCUCCUGCUUGAGUGUCCUGUGCAGGAUUUAGAAGUUGUCGCAGUGUCAUACUUUCGUUCAUGGUUACAGCUUGCAGCUACUGCAUAUGGUUCUCCUUUAGAUACCACAAAGAUGUUUUGGCCUGUAGCACUUCCUCGGAAAAGCCGAUUCAGAGCUGCUGCCAAGAUGAGAGCUGUAAAGCUUGAAAGCGAAUAUGAUAGGAAGUUUACUUCUGAUCCUGCGCAAGAAAGCGUUUUGCAGGAAAAGAAUUUUGAUGUUUCCACACCUUGUGGAAAAAUAAUUGUCGGCGCAGAUAGUGAAAAAUCUGUUACUCAUACUCGAGUUGCUACUGCAGAAGCUUUAGGUGUUUUUGCCUCUAGAUUACCCGUUGGUUCUCUGCAUGUUGUGAUUGAUCCACUAUGGAAUGAUCUCAUCUCAUUAUCAGGAGUCCAGAGACAGGUUGCUGCUAUGGUUCUUGUUUCUUGGUUCAAAGAGCUCAGAAAUGCGGACCGCUCUAGAGACCAUGAGAAUUUGCUUGCCCUUCUGGAACAUAUAAGGAAGUGGCUUUUAGAUUUAUUAGCAUGUUCGGAUCCUGCAUUUCCUACGAAGGAUUCUAUUCUUCCUUAUGCGGAACUUUCAAGAACUUACGCUAAGAUGCGCAAUGAAGCUAACCUUCUUCUCCAGUCAGCUGGUUCUUCUGGCUUAUUUCAGCCUUUGAUUUCAAGUAUUAAUAUAAACUUGGAUACACUAAGCAUUGAUGAUGCCGUGAACUUCACUUCAAAGCUUUCAAUACCCAGUGACUCUGCUAGCAGUGCUACUUUAGGGACACACUUUGUGGAUGAUGUACAAGCAUUAAAAGAACGUCUUUUGUCUACAGCAGGAUACUUGAAAUGCGUUCAGAACAAUUUACAUGUUACUGUCUCGGCCUCAGUUGCUUCUUCUGUUGUCUGGAUGUCAGAGCUUCCGGCCAAACUUAACCCAGUAAUUUUGCCCUUGAUGGCUGCUGUCAAGAGGGAGCAGGAAGAAGUGUUGCAACUGAAGGCUGCAGAAGCACUUACUGAUCUGAUUUUUCACUGUGUUGGACGCAAGCCUAGCCCAAAUGACAAGUUAAUUAGGAACCUAUGUAGCUUGACAUGCUCUGAUUUUAAUGAAACACCUCAAGCAGCACUUGUCACGUCAAUGGAUGUAAUUGAAGAUCAAAAUUUGUUGAAAAGUUAAAGUUCAAUCGGUGAUGAAGAUAGGUCAAGGAUAGAAGGCUUCAUAAGCAGACGUGGUUCGGAACUAGCGUUGGAGCAUCUUUGUAAGAGGUUCGGGUCUUCAUUGUUUGACAGACUUCCAAAGCUUUGGGACUGCCUUACUGAGAUUUUCAAAGCCGUAAAUCCUCAAGAUCAACCUCUUACAGAUGACCGAACAAUAUUAGAAAUUGGAGACAGUUUAAACCGCAAGGAUCCACAAGCUCUGAUAAACAAUAUCCAGGUGGUACGCUCAAUUAGUUAUAUGGUGGAUCAGACAUUACAACCCAAAUUCCUCUCUCUUCUUCCAUGCAUACUUGGGUGCUUGCGUCACUGCCAUGUUGCUGUUAGGUUAGCGGCUUCGAGGUGUAUAACCUCCAUGGCCAAGUCUAUGACAGCUUUUGUAAUGGGAGCUGUUAUUGGUAACGUUAUACCUGUAUCAGAAUUCAACUCAGUUCAAGCAAGACAGGGAGGCAGGAUGCUUGCUGACCUUGAGUUAGUUCAGGGUUUAAGCUCGGAGCUGGUGCCUUAUGCUCGUUUACUUGUUGUUCCUCUUCUGAAGUGUAUGAGCGACUGUGAUCUUGCUGUCAGACAGAGUGUAACGCAUAGCUUUGCUGCUCUUGUGCCUCUUCUGCCACUAGCUAGAGGACUUCCUCCUCCAAUUGGAUUAAAUGAUAGUUUAUCUAGAAAUACUGAAGAUGCACAGUUUUUGGAACAGCUUCUCGACAACUCCAGUAUUGCUGAUUACAAGCUCCCCGUUGACCUUAAAGUGUCAUUAAGGAGGUACCAGCAAGAAGGAGUUAACUGGUUAUCCUUUUUGAGACGAUUUAAGUUGCAUGGAAUAUUGUGUGAUGAUAUGGGACUUGGGAAAACUCUUCAAGCAUCAGCAAUAGUAGCUACUGACAUUGUAGAGCAACGUGCUUGUAAUAAUGGGAAGGACCCUUCAUCUUUGAUUAUCUGUCCUUCAACAUUGGUUGGGCAUUGGGCUUAUGAGAUUGAAAAGUUUAUAGACAAAUCUGUGAUUAUCACUCUUCAAUAUGCUGGUUCUGUUCAAGAAAGGACGUCACUUCAAGAACAAUUUGACAAGUGCAAUGUCGUCAUAACAUCGUAUGAUGUUGUCCGUAAAGAUAUUGACUAUCUUGGGAGGCUUACCUGGAAAUAUUGUAUUUUAGAUGAGGGACACAUCAUCAAGAACCCAAAAUCUAAAAUCACUUGUGCAGUAAAACAGUUGAAAGCUGAGCACCGCCUUAUCUUGAGCGGUACCCCUAUCCAGAAUAAUGUCUUGGAGCUGUGGUCUCUUUUUGAUUUUUUAAUGCCUGGGUUCCUUGGUACAGAGAGACAGUUCCAGGCCACCUAUGGGAAACCACUUUCGACAGCCAAGGAUUCGAAAUGCUCUGCUAAGGAUGCUGAAGCAGGGGUUCUUGCUAUGGAAGCAUUGCAUACUCAGGUCAUGCCAUUCCUCCUCCGUCGAACAAAAGAUGAAGUUUUAUCUGAUCUUCCUGAGAAAAUUAUUCAGGACAGAUAUUGUGACCUAAGUGCUGUACAGCUUAAACUUUAUGAACAGUUUUCUAGUUCAAACACGAAAAGAGAAAUUUCAACUUUAGUGAAGGCACAUGACACCAUAAGUACAGCAGUAGAAGCUACAUCAUCAAAAGCAACUUCACAUGUUUUCCAGGCACUACAAUAUUUGCUCAAACUUUGUAGUCAUCCGUUGCUUGCAAUUGGUGAUAAGCCUCCAGAAUCCCUUAAUGAUCUUAUUUUAGAAGUUAUCCCAGGAUGCACUGAUCUUCUCACUGAGCUCCAUGGACUUCACCACUCUCCUAAAUUGGUUGCUCUUCAGGAAAUUCUAGAAGAGUGCGGAAUCGGCUUAGAUGCUUCAAGUUUUGACGGCCCCCUUUCAGUUGGACAGCAUAGAGUUUUAAUUUUUGCUCAACACAGGUCUCUGCUUGAUAUAAUUGAGAGGGACCUUUUCCAAGCUCACAUGAAGAGUGUUACAUAUCUGCGGCUGGAUGGUUCUGUAGAGCAGUCGAGACGUUUUGACAUUGUGAAAACAUUCAAUUCUGAUCCUACUAUUGAUGUUCUGCUUCUCACAACAAAUGUUGGUGGGCUUGGCUUGAAUUUGACUUCUGCUGAUACGCUGGUUUUCAUGGAACAUGACUGGAAUCCGAUGAAAGAUCUUCAAGCAAUGGACAGAGCACACAGGUUGGGUCAGCGUAAAGUUGUCAAUGUCCAUCGCCUCAUAAUGCGUGGUACCUUGGAAGAGAAAGUCAUGAGUCUGCAGAAGUUCAAGGUGUCAGUUGCCAAUGCUGUCAUCAAUUCAGAAAACGCCAGUCUGAAAACCAUGAACACAGACCAAUUGCUCGACCUGUUCACUCCGGCACCAAACACCAAAUUGGCUUCCUCUUCCAACGAGAAUCCAGCAGAAGAUUCAAGCAUCGGUGUUGGUGGAAAGGCUGGAAGCAUCAUCAAAGGACUUGGAGAGCUUUGGGAUCAAUCACAAUAUGAUGAAGAGUACAAUCUCAAGGAAUUCUUAGCAAAGCUUAACAGCUGAGUGUAAUCCUCUCAGCGGUGUACAGUGUAUAUUAGACAGUAUAUUGGCCCCAGAUUUUGACCGUUAAAUACAUUGUCUUUUCUUUUUUCUAAUGUUCAUUGUAUAUGUUUAUUGAUCUGCAAGAAGCUGGCUAACCAAAGUGGGGGCCGAUAUGGAGGGUAGGAACCUGACAGAGGGUAUAGGUCACCAAUUUGCGAGGGCAAAGGCAAAGGUGUAAAUUUUGAGUUGUAUAGACCGUCAGUGUCUUAUUAUAUAUUUAUUGUACUCCUUACAGAUGUGAUUGUGUUCCU